ACUUUGCGAACAUUCUCGAACAUAGGACGACGUUAGUGCGAACAGUCAGACGCCAAUAAAAGAAGAAGAAGACUUUUCUCUGUGGUUUCCCCCGCAAUCAGUGAUAUCUAGUAUUGAAUUUUUCGUGAAAAGCAUCCCAAGAGAUGUCUGGAAUAGCAAUUGCACGUCUCGGUGAGGAGAGGAAGGCGUGGAGAAAAGACCAUCCAUUCGGUUUUGUUGCGCGCCCCACGAAAAAUCCCGAUGGCAGUCUCAACUUGAUGGUCUGGGAAUGCGCGAUUCCCGGCAAGAAGGGGACACCAUGGGAGGGAGGACUGUUUAGACUUCGCAUGAUCUUCAAAGAUGACUUCCCAACGAGUCCACCCAAGUGCAAGUUUGAGCCACCACUUUUCCAUCCCAACGUCUACCCCUCGGGAACGGUUUGUCUCUCUCUGCUGGACGAGGAGAAGGAUUGGCGUCCCGCGAUAACCAUCAAACAAAUCCUUCUGGGUAUUCAAGAACUUCUCAUGGAACCCAAUAUCAAAGACCCUGCGCAAGCGGAAGCGUACACAAUCUACUGCCAGAAUCGGCUAGAAUAUGAAAAGCGAGUACGAGCACAGGCUAGGGCCAUGUCGGCCACGGAAUAGGGCUAAACAUCUCAAAAGCGAUAUUGCGUAUCCUCUCGCUAGUUGGAGGAAUAGAUUCCUUUUUCUGGGGAUUUAAUUACUUCCUUCCGGAAAAAUGGGGACUGUUCUGUCCAGAAAAAAAUUAAAAAGAAUACACACACCUUAAAUUUAUUUUCAACACGACGACGACGGCGGAGACAGAGGAUCACAUUUCCAUUAAAUUAAAUCAGAUAAAUUCUACAUAAGUUUUCAACUUAGCCGGACUUUUUUUUCUCUUCGGAUUUUAUCCUCAAAAGUUCACAAAAUUAAUUUCUCAACUGAGAGGAUGAAUAUUAAGUACUUUAGAAAUCUUUAAAACUUAAAAGAAAAAAAAUGAGAGAAAAAAGAGACCCUGGGACCGCAGACCCAAUUAAUUGGCCGAUGAAGAAACACGCUGAAAAGCAAGAAAUUUAUAUACAAAAAAAAACAAAACAAUUAAUUUAAUAAUUAAAAUUUAUUGUAAGGAUUCUUAUGGAUUAAUAAUGAGUGAAGAAUAAAACGAGAAAAAAAUCAUUUUCAUCUCAUGAUAGACAAAAGAGAAUGAUUAAAUUAAA